AUGUUUCUCCGCACGCAUGUCGAGCGGCACCGUAGUGGGAAAGCACGUGCGUUUGUCUUUCGCGAUCCGACGCUGAAGAUGAUGCGAGCGGGGAGCGGGUACCAGCAGCUGCGGCGCAUGGGCAUGCCGAUUCAGGUGUCGAAAGGGUGGCGCAAGGUGGACCACUUCCACGCAAACAAUCAGUAUCAGCACGCCUGGCCGCUGUUGUCGCAUGAUGAUUUGGGAAACAGCGAUCAGUCCAAUAACACAAGAAACAUCAUGUACUCCAUGUACUUGCCGAAGCGUAAUAAAGGCACCGCACCAUGGUUUCGUGGCGCUGACACAUAUAGCGUCAAGUACUGUGAGCAAGGCCGUUACGAGUACCAGCGGUAUCUCAUGAUUAAUCGGUUUCCAAGUGAGUACCGUAAACAUUUUAUGAAUUUUCUUUCCAACAUUCGCUCAAGCUCCGGUCCGGCAACAAUCCCUCAGGAGGCACUUCAUUGGCUUCUCCGCAUGAUUGUGGACAACUUCAAUCCCCAGCAUGUUCAUUACAUUGCGGCGAUGAAGACGCUGCAGAAUGCCGGUGAGUUGGAUAUGGCACGGGAUGUGUGGAAAAUUAUGGAACGACAACAAACAUGGCCAUGUACAUCCACGAUAUGUGCCUACCUUGAUGUCUGUGUGGAGGCCGGGGAAAAGACAUGGGCCAUGGAGGCAUGGAAUCGAUACUGCACGGAGUUAAAAUUCCUGCAACCCGGAGAAGUGGACCCAAAACCGGUUUCACGUGUACCCUUUUCAUUGACACGUGAAGAGCUGUUGUAUCUCCCCAAGUGGAAAAAGCACUUUGACCACGACCCUAACCUUGACGUUGUGGAUCUCAACCGGUUUAACCGAACACGGGAAGUCUACCUACGCAUGGCACAAGUCAUGCUGGCAGGGGGAGAACGUGACUCCUUUCAACAUUUCUACACAAAAUUGGAGGAGGCCAUGUUAUCCACACCGACACCAGUGCCCGAGCCGCCAAAUCCACACCUUGUACGACGGCCCCAAUGGUCACCCUAUGAGCACUGCAAGUCCGUUCAUCAUUCUCCAUGGCGUGUGGGGAAUAACGGGCGUGCCAUGGCGCUUGGCCCUUCUUUGACGACGGAAGACGAAAUGCAAAGUCGUUUCUUUUCCAAUGAUCAAUUUUUGGUGCACAUGCUUAAAGAAAUCCUCCGUAUUGUGCUGCAGGAACACCGACGCCGUCACCCUGAGGCGUGCAGUCGUGGUGAGGGCGAAGCCUUUUUCGAUCAGGUGGUGGAUGCUAGGGAGACGUUGAAUUUUUGUAAUGAAUUGAUCGAACGCCUCUUCGCAGUACUGGGGCAAAAAAUGCACGGAUUGAACACAUCUUCUCUUCUUUCAGUAAUUCUUGAGCUGUAUCGCGUGAUGGGGAAGGAGACGGGGAUGGCGCUGCUGCGUCGUGCUAACCAAUUUUUGGAACGCAAGGCCGCACUAGAAGACGGGGCAAAGGAGUCUCUUACGGCUCCAAAUUAUCUGCAGGUUUUGAUGGGAUUUGCCGAUGAAAGUGCAUAUGUGUACGACAGCAAAAGAAAGGGUUUAUGCCGCUACCGAAGUGGAUUUGAUCCCCGGACGACCAUGCAGCAACUGGCGGCCACGGUGCAAGAGAUUGCAGGAAAUCCACAUGUUACCUGGGCUGCAGACAUGCAUUUGCAAGUGGUCUGCACGAUGGUGGGCUGUGGAACCAUGAAGGCAAACGAUUACUUUGUGCGGAAUGUACUUCGACAAUUUUGCUGGGACAGCAGAUUCCUUGAGGCGCUCUACAUGGAAUAUCGUCGACAUGACGAUGUUGACAUGUGGGCGGAGCUGACGAAGCGUGCACUGGUGUGGACCGCUCGAUACAACGUGAACGCGUCAGAGCGACUGAAACGCCUUAUUGAGGAUGACUAUGAUACCAUUCAGGUCCACACCCGUACGUUUCGCGAGUUGGCAGUCUUCCAGUUCCGUGACGUGGAAGAAAAGCGGCAUAGUCGCGAUGUGGUCAAUGAACUUCCAAAUCCGUGGACCGAUUACGUUUCCCAUGCAUUACCGUUCCCUGACCGCGAUGCCGGCUACCCGGAUGAGUAUGGUGACAUUGGCCAAUGGCGUGCGCCCGGUGGACCGGGCUCUCCCGUGAAAGGACCCGGUUAUUAUGCACCACCCAUGGAAGGGGAACACCAACGCGGCUACACCGCAGAGUGGCGUGAUUUGAAAAAUCCGAUGCGUCCACCAGAGUUCCCGACCCCGUGGGAGCGGAAGUACAAGCAAUAUGCCCGCGGACAGCAUCCCUCGUAUGACAUGGUCUACGCAGGACCCAUGCCUGAGAUAUUCCCCAAUCGAUAUGACUUUCGCAAACCGACAAGAUGGGACUUCCACGACAUUGAAAAGCAGGGGAAGUACAAGACCAGUGGUCCUUACUAG